CAUCCCACUCUAUAUAGGUCCCCAACAUCACAACACACACAGAGCAGUGCUUAUGAAACGGAGGCAGUGUAAGCCCAGCACACUAUAACAGAUCCUUCCCUAAGGCGAAUGGGUAUUGACAGUUUCUGCAGUUUGGACGGUUCUGAUCCAUUUUGGGAUUGGAACCGGACAUGGCAAACACACAAUCCAGACCUGACACCAUGUUUCCAGAACACAGUGCUGGUUUGGAUACCCUGCCUCUACCUCUGGCUGUCUGCACCGUUCUAUAUCCUAUACCUAAAAAGAAAUGACCGUGGAUACAUAUGCAUGACCCACCUCAACAGAGCCAAAACAGUUAUUGGGUUUGCCCUAUGGCUUAUCUGCUGGGCAGAUGUUUUCUACUCUUUCUGGGAAAGAGGCCAUGAUGCUACAAUAGCCCCAGUCUACCUAGUCAGCCCCACAAUGCUUGGUGUUACAAUGUUGCUGGCUACGUUCUUGAUCCAGUAUGAGCGGAUGAAGGGGGUCCAGUCCUCAGGGGUGAUGCUCAAUUUUUGGCUGGUUGCCCUAGUGUGCGCUACAGUCACCUUUCGCUCCAAAAUCCUGCAUGCACUGACUGAGCCUGCCAGUGUGAAUGUGUUCAAAUAUACCACCUUCUACAUAUAUUACACCAUGCUGCUCAUCUCGCUGAUCCUGGCCUGCUUGUCCGACCAGCCUCCGCUCUUUUCUCAGGCUGUCAAAGACUCGAAUCCAUGUCCAGAGUUGGGAGCUUCAUUCCUGUCCAGAAUCACUUUCUGGUGGAUCACAGGAUUAAUGGUGAUUGGUUAUAAAAGGCCUCUGGAAGAGAAGGAUCUGUGGUCGCUCAACACAGAGGAUAAGUCUGAAAAAGUGGUGCCACAGCUGGUGCGCCGCUGGGACCAAGAAUGCAACAAGGUCAAAAGGCCCAUAGAUAAGACACUCUACUCCCCAAAAAGAGCAGCAAAGGGAGAAAAGAAGGAAGGACAACCAAUAGAAGAGUCUGAGAUUUUGCUUGCAAAAACCCUUCAAAAAACUGGCGAGCCAUCCCUUUUCUGCGCGCUCUGCCGAACCUUUGGACCAUACUUUCUCGUCAGCUCUCUGUAUAAGAUUAUUCAUGACAUCCUGAUGUUUGUUGGGCCAGAGAUUCUCAGGCUACUGAUCCAGUUUGUGAAUGAUUCAAGUGCCCCCACUUGGCAUGGCUACUUCUACACCACCUUGCUGUUAGUUUGUACCUGCGUGCAAACCCUCAUUCUGCAGAAAUAUUUCCACGUUUGUUUUGUGACAGGCAUGAGGUUACGUACGGCCAUUGUUGGUGCCGUGUACAGGAAAGCCUUGGUCAUUACCAAUGCUGCCCGACGAACAUCCACUGUCGGAGAGAUUGUGAAUCUGAUGUCUGUAGAUGCUCAGCGUUUUAUGGACCUCAUCACCUAUAUCAAUAUGAUUUGGUCAGCACCUUUGCAGGUUAUCCUGGCCCUAUACUUCCUGUGGCAGAAUCUGGGUCCUUCUGUGCUUGCUGGAGUUGCUGUGAUGGUGCUGAUGGUUCCUCUAAAUGCAGUCAUUGCCAUGAAAACUAAAACCUACCAGGUUGCCCAAAUGAAAAGCAAGGACAAUAGGAUCAAGCUUAUGAAUGAGGUGCUGAAUGGCAUUAAAGUCCUUAAACUCUACGCAUGGGAACUGGCAUUCAAAGACAAAGUUUCUGCCAUCCGAGAGAGUGAAUUGCGUGUGCUGAUGAAGACGGCUUACCUUGGUGCUGUGUCCACCUUUACUUGGGUCUGUGCACCAUUUUUGGUUGCCCUUUCCACAUUCGCAGUAUAUGUGUUAGUGGAUGACCAUAAUAUUUUGGAUGCACAGAAGGCAUUUGUGUCACUGGCCUAAGAAAAUGUGAUAGAAGUUGUCACAUCUCAACCAUUUUUAAUGUAUUGCUUCCAUCAGGCCAGUGUGUCUAUGAAGCGUCUGCGUGUGUUUCUGUCCCAUGAGGAGUUGGAUGAAGACAAUGUGGAGCGGCCAGCCAUCACUGCAUCUCCUGACAGCAUCAGGAUUGUGGAUGGAGCUUUCAGCUGGUCUAAACACGACUCCCCUACUUUGAAGAGGAUUAAUGUGCGUGUACCUGAGGGGGCGUUUGUUGCUGUGGUGGGGCACGUGGGUUCAGGGAAAUCUUCUCUGCUUUCAGCUUUGCUGGGAGAGAUGCAGAAGCAAGAAGGAUCUGUCUCGAUCAAGGGCUCUGUGGCUUACGUGCCUCAGCAGGCCUGGAUUCAGAAUGCCACUCUGAAAGACAACAUUUUGUUUGGACGGGAGGCAAAAGACAGCUGGUAUGAGAAGGUGGUGGAGGCGUGUGCUCUCCUACCAGACCUGGAGGUCCUACCUGGAGGAGACUUGACAGAAAUUGGGGAGAAGGGUGUGAAUCUGUCUGGAGGUCAGAAACAGCGGGUGAGUGUGGCCAGGGCUGUGUACUGCAACUGUGCUGUGUAUCUGAAACACAUCUUUGAGAAGGUCAUCGGACCUCAAGGGUUGCUACAGGGCAGAACUCGGGUUCUGGUUACCCACGGGCUGAGCUUCCUGCCCCAGGCUGACCUGAUUCUGGUGAUGGUGGAUGGGGAAAUAACAGAGAUGGGCUCUUACACGGAGCUGCUGGGCAGACAGGGUGCUUUUGCUGAGUUCCUGCGUACCUACGCCAGCACAGAGCAGGAGGAGGUGGAGGAGUCAGUGGGAGAAGCAGUUCCACGGAAAGGACUUGAGAAUGGGGGCCCUGCUGCUGUGUUGGGGCAGAGUCAGAUCUCUCUUAAUGCAGCAGGCAAAACUGAAGCCAAUGAUGUUGCGGCUGCAAAGACGACCAAAUCCACAGAAGCUGCCCGACUGACUGAGGCUGACAAGGCCAACACUGGCAGGGUAAAGCUGUCUGUGUUUUGGGAGUACAUGAAGGCUAUCGGCUUGCCCCUGUCCAUCUUCAGUAUCUUUCUGUUCUUCUGUCAUCAUCUGUCCUCUCUGGGCUCAAACUACUGGCUCAGUCUCUGGACCGAUGACCCUGUUAUCAACAACACACAGCCCAACAGAGAGAUGCGUUUAGGGGUAUAUGGAGCCUUUGGACUCACACAAGGCAUUGCAGUGUUCUGCUAUUCUGUGACGGUGUCUGUUGGUGGGAUCUUAGCCUCCCGCUACCUGCACCAGACGAUGCUCUACAACGUCCUGAGAUCGCCCAUGUCUUUCUUCGAACGCACACCCAGUGGCAACCUGGUCAACCGCUUUGCCAAAGAGACGGACACCAUUGACACAGUCAUCCCUAGCAUCAUUAAAAUGUUCAUGGGCUCCAUGUUUAAUGUGCUGGGUUCAUGUGCUGUCAUCCUCAUCGCCACUCCGCUGGUGGCCAUCAUCAUCCCGCCUCUGGGCCUGCUUUACUUCUUUGUACAGCGUUUCUACGUGGCGUCCUCUCGGCAACUAAAACGACUGGAGUCUGUGAGCCGCUCUCCUGUCUACACACACUUCAACGAGACGCUGCUGGGCACCAGUGUGAUCAGAGCAUUUGGAGAGCAGCAACGCUUCAUCAGAGAGAGUGACGGAAGAGUGGACCACAACCAAACAGCUUAUUUCCCCAGCAUUGUAGCCAACCGAUGGCUGGCAGUGAGGUUAGAGUUUGUGGGCAACUGUAUUGUGACAUUUGCAGCGCUUUUUGCAGUGAUGGCCAGGGACAGUCUGAGUCCAGGUAUCAUGGGGCUGUCCAUCUCGUAUGCGCUGCAGGUCACAACAUCUUUGAACUGGCUGGUGCGGAUGUCCUCUGAGGUGGAGACUAACAUAGUGGCGGUGGAGAAGGUGAAGGAAUAUGGAGACACAGAGAAAGAGGCUGAAUGGAGGUUGGAGCACUCAACUCUGCCUGCUGGCUGGCCGACCACUGGUCAUAUUGAAAUCCGCAACUUUGGCUUGAGAUACAGAGAGGACUUAGAGCUGGCUAUUUCUGAUAUCUCGGUCAACAUUGAGGGAGGAGAAAAGGUGGGAAUUGUGGGUAGGACAGGAGCAGGAAAAUCCUCACUGACAUUAGGGCUCUUCCGCAUCAUCGAGGCAGCUCAGGGGGAGAUUUGUAUAGAUGGAGUCAACAUUGCUAAGCUGGGCCUGCAUGAGCUACGAUCCAGAAUCACAAUCAUUCCUCAGGAUCCAGUGCUGUUCUCUGGUUCCUUGCGUAUGAAUCUGGACCCCUUUGAUGGCUACACUGAUGAGGAGGUCUGGAGAGCUCUGGAACUCGCACAUCUCAAGAACUUUGUGUCUGGCCUGCCUGACAAACUCAACCAUGAGUGUUCAGAGGGAGGAGAGAAUCUCAGUUUGGGUCAGCGGCAGCUGGUUUGCCUGGCCCGAGCCCUCCUGAGGAAGACCAAGAUUCUUGUUUUGGAUGAAGCCACUGCGGCUGUAGACCUGGAGACGGACAAUCUGAUUCAGUCCACUAUCAGAACUCAGUUUGAGGACUGCACCGUUCUGACCAUCGCCCACCGUCUCAACACCAUCAUGGACUACACUAGGGUGCUGGUUCUCGAUAAAGGCCACAUGGCAGAAUUUGGUUCUCCGUCCAAUUUAAUUGCCAAGAAGGGAAUUUUCUACAAGAUGGCCAAAGACUCCGGUUUGGUCUGAAAAAUAGAGGGGCUGAAGAGCCCUCUGUUCAUCCAGGACAUAUCACUGACUAGAGCCCUUGGAGAGUGGACCUUGCGAGACAUGGACUCUGAAGGUACCUCUUCUGUGGGCCUGGAGCUCACACACACACAAUGUGAACAUGACACCACUCCAUCCUCAGCUGUUGUAGCCCUCCGUUUUCAAUCACAUUUUAAAGAUUUCACUGCAAAUGUUGCUUUAAAGGUUUUAUGCUGCCAACAUUUGGGAGGUUUGAAACUAGUUUGAUUUAUUCAUGGCUGUUUUUGUUGUCAAUUUCAUUUGGAAGACUUCUCAGUUUACCACUAAGCCACACUUUGCUGCUAGUGGUUGAUUGUGAGUAAUGAAAACAAUUAUAUUUGCAACUUUUGUUUCACUAGAAAGAGUAAAGAACAAAGUUUCUCUGUGCAGUUUACCAUUGAUGCAGUGAUCAAUUGUGUAUUGACCAAACAGCUGCUGGAAAAUCCCUCCAUGCGCAUGAGGUACUUCAUCCCAAGCCAAAGUUAAUAUUUGAAGCCAUUCUCAUUAUCAAAGAAGCGACACAUUUGAAAAUUCUAGUUUCAUCUCCAUUGUUUUCUCUCAUUUAAUCUUUAUUUAUGGUUUGAGAAAAUCUGUUACAAUAUUUAUUACUGGGUAUCUUCCAUUAAUGGUGACUUUAGCAUCAUCUUACCAAUAUCAUGCAGUAGAGUCUAUACUGACCUUCUGUUUUCAUUGGUAAUAUAUUUAGUUGGUGUGUUUGAUUAAUGUUCUUUGUUUACUAUUAUUUCUCAGUGAUCAUUUCACCAAAAAAAUUAUGAACGCACUUACUGUUCUUAAUAAAAACCUCAAACUAGGGUUUAUUUUUCAGCUUUGUUGGGAGUGAUGUUUUAAAAACAAGUAGGAAUAAUGCCACUUUAAGGUCAGAUACCUAAAUUGUAGUAGUUCUUUAAGGACAGGUUGUCUUGUAGAUGGCCAUACCUACUGUGCUGUGUGCUUCACUCUGUGUGCUGUAUACCAUAUUUCUGUUGAAUGUAUGUUUGUGUGUCACGUUGUUUCAUUCAUCAGUACCUCCACUCUAGUUGUUUCAUUCAUCAGUACCUCCACUCUAGAUCAUUUAAGCCUUCUGAGUUUUUAAAGGCCAAUCAGUUUUUUUUAAAGAACUGACAAAGACACACUUUGAAUGAUAAAAAAAUAUAUAUCUGAUUUGUUACAUAUUUAUAUGAUUUGUAUGUAAACAUAAUGUUAUUAUUUGAUAUUUGUAUACAUGCACUAGUUUUAAGUGUGCUUAGUUUCAUAAAUCAGGCUGAUGUGUACAGGGGAAAUAUGAAUAAAUUUUUGUAAAGA